UCCCCGUGUCUGACUGUAGACCGUUGGUUAUCCGGGGAUAUCGCUACUGCUAUUUCUCCUCAGUCUAUCGUUCUCCCUUUUAGAAGAUUGACACAACUAGGUAGGGAAAAAAGCAGAGAAAGGGAAGCAAAUCACAAGCAAAAAUGGCAGAGCUUGGGGCAGGCAGCCUGUUACAAGGGGAUCCUACUUUAAACGAUCAAGAGCAGGAGCUAAACGAGCGUUUGAAGCGGCUCUAUCCGGCCGUGAACGAGGAAGAGACCCCGUUACCCCGGUCGUGGAGCCCCAAGGAUAAAUACAGCUACAUCGGGCUGUCGCAGAACAAUCUGCGGGUACAUUAUAAAGGUCACGGCAAAAACCACAAAGACGCGGCAUCCGUGCGAGCUACCCACCCAAUCCCUGCUGCAUGUGGCAUCUACUACUUCGAGGUGAAGAUCGUCAGCAAAGGAAGAGAUGGGUACAUGGGUAUUGGACUGUCCGCCCAGGGGGUCAACAUGAACAGACUGCCGGGCUGGGACAAACACUCCUACGGUUACCAUGGAGAUGACGGGCACUCCUUUUGCUCCUCAGGAACCGGCCAACCAUAUGGGCCCACCUUCACGACAGGAGAUGUGAUUGGCUGCUGCGUGAACCUAAUCAACAACACGUGCUUCUACACGAAGAAUGGACACAGCUUGGGUGUGGCUUUCACAGACCUCCCACCGAACCUGUAUCCUACAGUGGGUCUACAGACUCCUGGAGAGAUUGUAGACGCUAACUUUGGCCAGCAUCCUUUCGUUUUCGACAUAGAGGACUACAUGAGCGAGUGGAGGGCAAAGAUCCACAGCAUGAUCGCUCGCUUCCCUAUCGGAGAGAGACUCGGAGAGUGGCAGACAGUGCUGCAGAACAUGGUAUCCAGCUACCUGGUGCACCAUGGGUACUGCUCUACUGCCAUGGCCUUUGCCCACGCCACAGAGACCAUGAUACCGGAGGACCAGGCCUCUAUAAAAAACAGGCAGAGAAUACAGAAACUUGUAUUGGAGGGUCGUGUUGGAGAAGCCAUCGAAGCCACACAUCAGCUGUACCCCGGACUCCUAGAACGCAACCCCAAUUUACUCUUCAUGUUGAAGUGUCGGCAGUUUGUGGAGAUGGUGAAUGGUACAGACAGUGAGGUACGAUGCUUUAGCGUCCACUCCCCCAACACCCAGGACAGUUAUUCCGGUUCCCCAAGCCUUAGCCCCCGGCACGGAGCCACCAACCCCCACCUGCACAGCACAGGAGCAGACAGUCCCACGUGCAGUAACGGUGUGACGGCUUCUAACAAAAACAAGGGCCACACCAAAUACCCCGGAGCUGGCUCCGCCUCCUCUUCCCCUUCCUCCUCACCAUCCUCCGUCAACUAUUCUGAGUCCAACUCCACAGACUCCACCAAGUCCCAGCCACACAGCACCACCAGCAACCAGGAAACCAGUGACAGUGAGAUGGAGAUUGAGGCAGAGCACUACAGUAACGGAGUGGCUGAGAACUCCUCCUCUCGCAUCGUAAACGGCACCUACAAGCACCAGGAGAUCAUGCAAGGGGAUGACAACAGUGUGGGAAAUGGAGUAACAGAGGACAGCUGUGGCUCGAGGCAGCUGUGUGGAGGUAACCAGGCUGCUACGGAGCGCAUGAUCCAGUUUGGACGCGAGCUGCAGGCACUCAGUGAGCAGCUCUCACGCCAGUACGGCAAGAACGCUGUGCACAAGAAGAUGCUGCAGGAUGCAUUUAGUCUACUGGCAUACUCCGACCCAUGGAACUGCCCAGUGGGCCAGCAGCUGGACCCCACACAGAGAGAGGCCAUCUGCUCUGCUCUCAACAGCGCCAUCUUGGAGUCUCAGAAUUUACCCAAGCAGCCCCCCCUCAUGCUUGCACUGGGGCAGGCCACAGAGUGUGUGCAGCUCAUGGCCCGCGUGCGUUCCGGCUCCUGUUCAUUUGCCAGAGUUGACAACUUUUUGCACUAGCCCAAGUCCAGGCAAUGAUCAGGACAGUUAUGAAGAGGACUUUCCAGCUUUCUGGGUUGCCAUGAGGAACACACUUGUUUGAAACGGUGCAUUCACUUGCCGCAGGCAGUUCGGAUGAGAGAUGACUCGUAACAUGGAGGAGAGGCUUCUUUUUAAUUUUAGUAUUAUUAUAAUACAAACUGUGUGACACUAUUUAAAGGCAAUUAAUUAUUCUGUUCUAUUCUAGUCACUUUUUUUUAUUUUAGUUCCUAUUUUGUCAGUUUGUUGUGCUCACCUUGACAUUGAACCAGAAUUCCCUUCUUCGUUUUUAUGGGUGGAUUCAGUGCAUAGCGUUCCAUUCACACAGCAUAUCACACAGCAUAACACAUAGCAGUAAAGCCUUCUUCAAAUUCAAAGAAGCAACACACCUCCCUAUUCAGAACUCAGGUAUUUCCUAUACGUGUCAUUCAGCAUGUAGAAGGAGGUAUUGCUGCAGCAGCUAGCAGUACUGUGUGACUACUCAGUAAGGCUUUGCUUAUAUACAGUAUGAAUAUCAAAUGUAAUUUUACUGGCUACUACACCGCAGGUCUGUUUUGUGCAGAAUUCCCAUGCGUCUCGCCUCCAAGCUAAUAGUUCACCUCAGGCACCAGCACUAGUGUUUUUAUUAGAUGCGAAUCAUACAGACGCAUUGCAGACCCAGACUUUCUAAGAGUUUUUUUUUUGUUUUUUUUUAAACAAAGCUCGGGUCUCUCUCAUUUUAAAAAAGGCUCUAUUUUAAUGAUGAUCUUUAUAGAGUACACUUCAGAACUGAUGUAAAUCUCCAGCUUUUAUCGUUUUUUUUUUUUGUCAGCUUUAUCGAAAUUUAACCUUAAGGUGUCUGUGUGUGGCUGCAAUGAAUAAAAAUUAAAAAAAAAUUUUUUUGUCAAAGAGAACCAACAUUAUAAUUUCAUUAAUAUGACUGCAGCAUUAAAGCUUGGACUAAUUUGUUCCACUAAUUCCUACAUUUUGUAUCCACUAGGAUAGUGUUGAUGAACAGCUUUACUCCAGUUUACUGACUCCAUCUCUACUGAUUGUGUAGUUGUAGCUGUUAGACUGAUAAUGCCGACUGUUGGAGACGCUGUACUUCAACUAUUAUAGAGCGGAGGAUUCGUAAAAUGAAUGAGGGGUUUGGGGUUUCGGAGGUUCUUUUAUUUUCUUACCUCUUGUUUUUUUCCCCAUCACACAAGCUUUGUUCUUUCCUUCACAUUUCUCCUCAGUUGUGUCAUUCACUGGCUCUCGCUGUCACGAGCUGUGACAAUAUCACUACACACAAUACUGACUUAGUCACUGCAGGACGUGACCCAAGCGUUUCUCCUUUCUCUCUAUUAGGUCAGUAUGCACUCGCUGUCCACUUGAUUAGAAACACCUGCACAUUCAUGCCGUUAUCUAAUAAGCCAGACGCAUGGUGGCAGCACAGUGUGUACAUUCAUGUAGAUACGAGCCUGCAGCUUUGGGUAAUGUUCACAUCUAACAUCGGAUUGAAGAAUUAGUUAGCGUGACUUUUAUUGUGCCAUAGUUGUUGGCACCAGAAUGGCUUUUUUUCCUGAGGAUUUCGUAAUGUGCUGAUUUUACCGUGGAUUUUCACACAUGACCGUCUCUAGUAGACUUUACAUAGAAUGGUGUGAAAAGCAUGGUAGGAAUGCCAGAUUGGUUUGAGCUGCCAGGAAGGAACUGAAUACAGGAAUCUAAGACAUAAACUCGUACAAACUGUCCAAUUUCAGUGCUCAUGAAAGACUAAGAUUGUUGUUCUUGGCUCUGACAGGAGUGGAACCUGGUGUGGUCUGGUGCUGUUGUAGCUCAUCCACCUCAGUGUUUGAUGUGUUGUGUGGUCUGUUAUUUCUCAAACCAGUCUGUCCGUUCUCCUCUGAUCUCUCAUCUGUUCACAGUAUCUAUUUGGUUUUUCAUACCCGUCUGUGUAAACUCUAGAGAUUGUAGUGUUAGAAAAUCCAAAGACUCAGACCAGCCCUUCAGUUAUCAGCAUCCAUGCCACAGUUCGUCACAGAGAUUGCACUUCUCACAUCUUCGUUCUGAUGUUUGGUGAUGAACAUUGACUAAAGCUCUUGAUCUGUAUCUGCAUUGUGCUGCUGCCACAUGAAUGAUCCAUGUGAAUGUACAAGUGUUAAUAAAGCUGUGUGGUAGUGAGUGUAUACAAAAUGUUGCACAAAUAUAUCGUUUUUAUUUUUUCUCACUUUUUUUAAUGUUCUCUGGAUUUCUGAAACACACCCCAGUUUUUUCCUCAGAACCAUCCAUUUCUUCAGCAUUAAUCACAGUUCACUCACUGCAAGCCACCAUAUGAUUGUUACAUCCGUUAUUUUACACCUAUAUGUUCUGUUGUUUUUGGAUGUAUUGUAUCGUAUUCUCAGUUAUACCUCACUCAGAUGGCAGACAUCCCUGUUCACAUCAGAAGACGCAGUAGUAGUAGAGACUUCAUAGCCUGCAUUUGGUCGGACUUCUCUGGUCCGAGGGUUCAGAACUUUUCAUGAAUGGUCCAAAAUUUUGUUUCUCCUCUUUGGUCAUGGAGUAAACCAGGCCUGCACAUAUUAGUAACUCAUCCAGCUUAACCUAGAUGAGGCUUGUUAAUCAGGUGAUGAGUUAAAGCAGGCGAGUUGUGAGCAGGGAAACUAUCCAAAUGUGCAUGUGGUGCUCCAGGACCAGGACUGAGAAACACUGUUCUAGAGGUUACAUACUUAAUCUUUAAAGUCCACCUGGUUCAAGCAUAAACAUGAGCUAAACGCCAAACUGUGGUUCACAAAACAGUAUACCAUUCUAGCCACAUGUUUUUGAUGUGUUUGUCCCUUAGGUCAUACUUUGUGCACUUUCCAAUAGUGUGUUCAUUCAACAAUAUGAGUUGUCUUUUCUUAUGACUUGAUGAUCCUGAGUGGUGUUGCAUGGAGACAUCGUGUGUAACCGAGCUAGAUCGAAGAGCUCAUAAUUUUACUGAUCUGUACAUAGUAAAGCCUGUGUUUUAGGGGUGUUUUUUUAAUGGCAAACCAAUAUCUGCAGGAGCUCAUCAGUGGUUAUCCACCCAUUUUAAAAUGGUCGUACAGAGAGCUGAACUGUGAUCAGGGACCUACUCUAUUACUCUAUACAAAUGAAGGAAAGAAUUGCGCUGAUAUCCUCCUAGGAAAUAAUUUGUCCAUUUUUGCUUAUUCGUGUAGUGGCAUCUCUGCCUCAGAUAACGAAAUAGCAGGACAAAUAGAACUAAGCUGAAUACAACAAGCUGUGCACAAUUUUACUUCUGUUAUUAUUUCAAAUUUAUUUGAGUUUUGGUUUUAGCCAUUGUGAAUUGAAUUAGCCUCUACUUAGCAUGAACCUUUAAAUAUGUUUUAAAAACAAAAAUAAAAAAGGAAAACAAUAGCUUAAAAAGAAAAAAAAACAUACAUAUGUACUGGCAACAUGUUAAAGAAAUAUUGUACUCAUUUAAUUUUGACAGAAUUAUUUUUAUUAAAAUACAUCCAUGAGCAUA